AUGCUCCGUCAGCUCGCAAGACCCGGAAUCUCGCGCCGGCGAGCAGCCUGCGCGUCCAUCGCGCUGCUGACACCCACCAACCUCCUCCUUCACCAUCCUCUCCCUGUCGUCCACGGCAGCAGCACCGCUGACGCCGCAGGCUCGACACCACCCGCCGCCGCCACGGCCCUGUUCUCAACCUCCAUCGCCGACCCGGGCUGGGAUUGGGCCCCCGGGCCGACCGCGCCCAACCGCUUGCUCCAGAACAUCGAGGCCUUCGCCGCCGCCGAUUGGGUCCCUCCCGUCGACGCGGGCCGCUGGGGCUUCGUCAUCUACCGCACCGCGUAUGACGGCGACGACUCGGAUGGCAAGCUUGCGCGGCUGCUCGACGCGCUCCGCGCGGCAGUACGGGAGGCGCUCGAGUCCCGCGGGCGGCCGGACCUGAUUCCGAUGAUGGAUUUCCCCGUGGUGCAGGACCGCGCGACGCUCGAGUCGGCGACGUCGUACGAGGUGCGCGAGCGGUUUUCGCGCUGGACGGUGGCCCGGGGCCUGCCGCCGCUCAACCCCGUCGCGUGGGAAGAGCACUCCUCGUUCCACCCGCGGUAUCGCUUCUGUCUCACGGUGGACCGACGCUCGCUCGACUCGCUCGACCAUGUGUCGAUUCUGCUGCUGGCCAACGGUACUGAGGUACCUGUUCCUUUGCCGUUUAUCGGGGUGGUUGAUCUCAGAUACGCUUCAGAGGAGCAGUACAGAGGCGUCCGUGACGACUCUGACGAUGGAGAAACCUACCAGGAGCCCAUCGAGGGAAACCUGGAAGACGAUGUCGGGUGGUAUUACUUGCCCUUGAAGGACGUGGUGGAAGAGUACGACGGCGUCCGAGAGUUUUCGUCUAUGCAGGAACGUACUCGGCCGCCAGAGAUACAGGACAGGGAGUGCUACGUGCAGCGUGGUCGCGAGGAGCCAUGGAGGGGGGAUGAGGCAGAAGGCCACACAGGGGGGGCUCAGUACGAUGUCAACAGAUGGCUUAAAGAGCGGCAAGAGCGAGAUGCCCGCGUUCGUAUGUAA